AUGGCAGACGCUCUUGCAUCACAACUCAAUAAUACAAAGCUAGGGGAAGCAAGUAUGGACAACUCAUGGAAAGAGCAACUGAAAAUUCCAGCAAAGGAUACUAGGGUACAAACAGAGGAUGUCACUGCUACAAAGGGUCUUGAAUUCGAAGACUUCUACAUCAAAAGGGAGUUGAUGAUGGGGAUAUUUGAAGCCGGUUUUGAGAAGCCAUCACCCAUUCAAGAGGAAACGAUACCUGUCGCUCUCACUGGACGUGACAUCCUCGCACGAGCAAAGAAUGGCACCGGAAAGACUGCAGCAUUUGUUAUCCCUACGUUAGAACGCAUCAAUCCUAAAAGCACGAAAACUCAGGCUCUUAUCCUCGUCCCUACAAGAGAGCUUGCUCUUCAGACCUCACAGGUUUGCAAGACACUCGGAAAACAUCUCGGUAUCAAUGUCAUGGUCACUACAGGAGGCACUGGGUUAAUGGACGAUAUCAUACGUCUGAAUGAUGCAGUGCAUAUCAUUGUUGGAACGCCUGGGAGAGUACUUGACCUGGCGAGCAAAGGUGUUGCUGAUCUCUCCGAGUGUCCCACAUUUGUUAUGGACGAGGCGGAUAAACUUCUUUCUCCUGAAUUUACACCGGUGAUUGAGCAGCUUCUAUCGUUCCAUCCAAAAGACAGGCAGGUCAUGCUGUUCAGUGCUACGUUCCCUCUAAUAGUCAAAUCUUUCAAGGACAAGCACAUGCGUAAUCCUUACGAGAUAAAUCUUAUGGAUGAACUUACUUUGCGAGGCAUCACUCAAUACUACGCCUUUGUUGAAGAGAAACAGAAAGUCCACUGCCUCAAUACUCUUUUUUCGAAGCUUCAGAUCAAUCAGUCAAUCAUUUUCUGCAAUUCUACGAACCGUGUCGAACUAUUGGCGAAGAAAAUCACGGAAUUGGGCUAUUCUUGCUUCUAUUCACACGCCCGGAUGCCUCAGCAAAACCGGAACCGUGUCUUCCAUGACUUCCGCAAUGGUGUCUGUCGGAAUCUUGUCUGCUCUGAUCUUUUGACUCGUGGUAUCGACAUUCAAGCUGUGAAUGUCGUUAUCAAUUUCGAUUUCCCCAAGAACGCUGAAACAUAUCUUCAUCGAAUUGGCCGAUCUGGUCGCUUUGGACAUCUGGGGUUGGCAAUCAAUCUUAUCAACUGGGAUGACCGCUUUAAUCUCUAUAAGAUUGAACAGGAGUUGGGUACUGAGAUUCAACCAAUUCCUCAGACUAUCGACAAAAAGCUAUAUGUCUAUGAAUCGCCUGAGACUAUUCCCCGCCCAAUUGCCAGUGCUCCCCAACCGCGUCAAGCAUCUGCUGUGGAUAACGACAAAGGCAAUGGAGAACAGCAGCCACGUCGUCACGGCAACCAUGCAAAUGGUGGUCAUUACAAUUCGAAUCGAGGAAGAGGGUCCUAUCGAGGAGCUCGCGGGCACGGUCAGCGUCGUGGUGGUCACAGCGAUGGCCACAAGUCAAUGGGUGCUCCAGCCCAGGCGGGUAGCAAGCCGCAGCCAAUGCCAGCUUCUUAG